AUGGGGAGAUUUUGGUGCACGUGUGCAUAUGAGAGAGAAGAGAGAGAGAGAGAGAGAGAGAGAGAGAGAUGGAAGGAGGGCUUCGGGAGGAAGGGUUCCAUCAGGAAGAACGACGGGCGACCUUAAAGACAUGGGGACGUGGGCGGCGGAGCUGAAAGGGCCAUCUUUUGCCGGGAGAGUCGCUAGUUUUCCCUCGCGGAAGCAACCACCGCUGCAACGACGCCAACAGCAGCCACCGGGGGGAUUUUUUUUGUGUUCGGAGACACCAAGUUCCUACCCACCACUCCCUCCCCUUCAGAAAACCUCUUUGA